AAGAUCUGCCUGCACUGUAAGUGCUCCCAGGAAGAGCACAUCGUGACCGUUAUGCCUCUGGAGAUGGAGAAGACCGUCACCAAGCUCAUGUUUGACUUCCAGAGGAAUUCGACCUCCGAUGACGACUCCGGCUGUGCCUUGGAAGAGUACGCGUGGGUGCCUCCAGGCCUCAAACCUGAACAGGUGCACCAGUACUACAGCUGCCUCCCCGAGGACAAGGUGCCCUACGUGAACAGCCCCGGCGAGAAGCUGCGCAUUAAGCAGCUCCUGCACCAGCUGCCGCCGCACGACAAUGAGGUUCGCUAUUGCAACUCCUUGGAUGAGGAGGAGAAGAGGGAGCUCAAACUCUUCAGCAAUCAAAGGAAGAGGGAAAACUUAGGGAGAGGCAAUGUCCGACCCUUCCCCGUAACCAUGACCGGAGCCAUCUGUGAGCAGUGCGGGGGCCAGAUCAACGGCGGGGACAUGGCCGUCUUCGCCUCGCGAGCGGGACAUGGCGUUUGCUGGCACCCCCCUUGCUUCAUCUGCAGCGUCUGCAACGAGCUGCUCGUCGACCUGAUCUACUUCUACCAGGACGGGAAGAUCUACUGUGGGAGGCACCACGCCGAAUGCCUCAAGCCCCGGUGUGCGGCGUGUGAUGAGAUCAUUUUUGCUGACGAGUGCACCGAGGCCGAAGGCAGACACUGGCACAUGAAGCACUUCUGCUGUUUCGAAUGCGAGACGGUGCUGGGGGGCCAGCGGUACAUCAUGAAGGACGGCCGGCCGUACUGCUGCAGCUGCUUCGAGUCCCUCUACGCCGAGUACUGCGACACGUGCGCGCAGCACAUCGGCAUCGACCAAGGCCAGAUGACGUACGACGGGCAGCACUGGCACGCCACCGAGACCUGCUUCUGCUGCGCUCAGUGCAAGAAGUCCCUGCUGGGCCGCCCGUUCCUCCCCAAGCAAGGGCAGAUCUUCUGCUCGCGCGCGUGCAGCGUCGGCGACGACCCCAACGGCUCCGACUCGUCGGACUCGGCCUUCCAGAACGCCCGUGCCAAGGAGUCCCGCCGCAGCGCCAAGAUCGGCAAGAACAAGGGCGGCAAGGGCGAGGAGAGCGUGCUGAACGCGUGCGGCCAGCUCCAGGUGACCUCCAACCGCCUCUCCGCGGAUGUGGACCCGCUCUCGCUGCAGAUGGACCUGCUGAGCCUCUCCAGCCAGACGCCCAGCCUCAACAGGGAGCACCUGUGGAGGAGCAGGGAGGAGCUCUACCAUUACGGGAAUAAAAUGGAGCAGAGUCAGUCCCAAAGCCCUCUGCAGCUUCUCGGUCAAUGCAAUAUAAGGACCUCGUACAGCCCCAGCCAGGUGCCAGCCUCCCAGCCAGACUUAUGGGCUAAACAUUUCAGCAACCCCAAGAGAAGUUCCUCGCUGGCGAUGAAGGGGCACAGCAGCAGCUUCAUCCAGGACUGCAGAGAGGACUACUAUUCAGGAAGGCUCCGCUCACAGGAGAGCUACAGCGAUAUGUCCAACCAGAGCUUCCCCGAGACCAGGGGCAGCAUGAAAGUCCCCAAGUACGAAGAGGAGGAGGAGGAGGAAGGCGGGAUGCCCACACAGCAGUGUCGGACCCGGCAUCCCAUCAACGCACUUAAGUUCACGGAGGACCUGACACCCACGGAGCAGACUCCGCGGGGCUCCAUGGAGUCCCUGGCACUUUCCAAUGCCACCGGGCUCUCUGCAGAUGGCGGGGCCAAGCGCCAGGAGCAUCUCUCCCGGUUCUCCAUGCCGGACCUGAGCAAAGACUCCGGCAUGAACGUCUCGGAGAAGCUGAGCACCAUGGGCACGCUGAACUCCUCGGUGCAGUUCCGCAGCGCCGAGUCCGUGCGCAGCCUCCUGUCCGUGCAGCAGUACCCGGACGUGGAGCCCAACCUGCGCAACCUGUACUACGACCGGCUGGCGCGGGGCCGCCCGGCCCGCGAGCGCGCGGCCCACAGGGACCCCUACGGCCAGUGCCCGCGGACCGUGUCGGAUCUCGCCCUGCAGAACCACCUGGGCGAGCGGUGGGGGCCCUACUUCGCCGAGUACGACUGGUGCUCCACGUGCUCCUCCUCCUCCGAGUCCGACAACGAAGGCUAUUUCCUCGGCGAGCCCAUCCCGCAGCCCGCCCGGCUCCGGUACGUGACCAGCGAAGAGCUGCUGCACAAAUACGGCUCCUACAGCGUGCCCAAGUCCUCCACCUUGGGCGGCCGCGGACAGUUGCACAGCCGGAAAAGGCAAAAGAGCAAAAACUGCAUCAUAUCCUAAGGGCAUCCUUGCUGGGCACCUUCAGAGAAUGUAAAUUAAACUCACAAACUUGCACUGUUUUAGAUCAUGUAAGCGCUUUUGUUGUAACAAAAAGACCUGAAGAUUCAGGAUUUGUAAGAAGGUUGUAGACUCGCUUCUAUAAGUAGUCAUAAUCGUGGGCACGGUGAAUAUAUUUUGCACAUCUUAACUUUUGAGGAAAAAAAACAGUUCACUUUAGCCUCUAAUAUUUACCUAGUAGUUUUUCCUCUCUCUCCUGAUUAGUGCCACCCUUU